AUGCUGUCUUCCAACGCCGCCUUCACGGUCAUCAGCCCGUCCACAAUUGCUCCACAGGUGCAUGUGGAGCCACAGGCCACCAAGGCCAACAACGCGGGCACAUGGGUCUCCAGCAGCACAGGCACCGCGCUGGCAGCGGCUGGCCUCGUGACGGCGACCGGCCUGCGACGCAAGGCCCGCGGUGCCCGGGCGGCAAAGACCGGUCCCGUUGCCACCGGUCUGUCCAGCUCUGUGGGCAGUGAGACCUACUUCCGAGACCAGCUGGUGGCCUGCCGUGCACAGCUGGAUGGAGUGGAGGCCCCGACCCUGGAGGAGACCGACCAGCACAUCCAAGACGUGCAGGACUUCGCCAAGCAGGCUCUAGCUGGAGCAGCUGCUGCCAUGGUCUUCACAUCGUCCAUGGAGUCCGCGGUGGCCUACCCCAUCUUCGCACAGCAGAACUACGCCAACCCGCGCGAGUACACCGGCAAGAUUGUGUGCGCCAACUGUCACCUGGCCUCGAAGCCCAUUGAGGUGAGGAUUCCGCAAGCCGUCUUGCCGGACACUAUCUUCAAAACUGAAGUGGAGAUCCCGGCCAAGUAUGCGAAGCGCCGCCAGCCCAUCGCAGAUGGAUCCAAGGGGCCGAUGAACAUCGGAGCCAUUGCCGUGAUGCCAGAGGGCUGGAAGCUGGCUCCAAAGGAUCGUUUGCCGAAGCCAUUGAAGAAGGAGAUGAAGGGGCUUGCAUGGUCUGCCUACAGCAAGGAGUACCCCAACAUCGUGGUCGCAGGGCCGGUUCCCGGCGAGACCUACGAGAAGAUGGUCCUGCCCGUCCUGGCCCCAGACCCCAACACCGAUGACAAGAUUCUCUUCGGCAAGGGCAUCUUUUACUUCGGUGGCAACCGCGGCCGUGGCCAGGUCUAUCCAGAAGGCAACCAGAGCAACAACAACCAGUUCUUCGCCAGUGCGACUGGCACCGUGACCGCUGUCGAAGGCUUGAAGGUGACCAUCACCACCCCGUCUGGGGAGGCCAAAACUCAGGAGAUGCUGCCUGGUUCGGACAUUGUCGUACAGGUGGGCGACGAGGUGGAGAAGGAUGAGCCGAUCACCACCAACCCCAACGUCGGUGGAUUUGGGCAGGAGGAGAAGGAGUGCAUCCUUCAGGACACUCGGCUGGCUUUGGGCGAGCUGUUGCGAGUUUUCAUGGACAUGAAUCGCGUCUAUGCCUAUUGCGCGUUUGCCUUUUCUUGCUUCAUUGCUCAGCUGUCUUUCGUCCUCAAGAAGAAGCAGUUCGAGAAGGUGCAGCUCGCGGAAGGCUUCUGA